AUGAGGAGUUGUGUGGAAGUGACGCCUCAUAUGAUUAAAUGCCUGAUGAAUGGCCUCCGAGAAGAUGGCGUUGACUUUGUUGUGGCGCCCUAUGAAGCGGAUCCACAGAUGGCUUAUAUGGUUAACAACGGAUUCGCUGACUUCGCCAUCACCGAAGACUCGGAUCUUCUUGUCUACAACUGUAGACUUUGUUUGUUUAAAUUGGAUUCAAACGGUUCCGGAAGACUAAUGGACGCGUCGCUGAUCACCGGUUGUUUGGGCAGUGGUUUUGAUUUCAGCAAAUUCAGACACAUGUCUAUACUUUCAGGUUGUGAUUAUUUGCCAAAUUUGCCCGGAAUUGGUCUCCAGAGGGCGAAAAAGUUCUUCAAAAUGACCGCAAAUACCGAUCUGAGGACUGUUUUGUAUAAAAUCCCGAGUUAUCUGAAAAUGAAUGGAAAAGUGAAAAUAACCAAAGAUUAUGUCAACGAUUUUAUUAAAGCCGACAAUACAUUCAAAUAUCAACUCGUGUUUUGUCCGAAAUCCCGAAAAUUAGUUCCUCUGACGCCAUACGAGAAGGACGUCACGCCUCAGGAGUUGACGUUUGCCGGCACUCACUUUCCCUCACAAUUGGGCGAAGACUUUGCCUUUCAAUAUGCCAUUGGAAACGUUGACACAAAAUCACUAGAAAUCAUAGAUGACUAUAGCUUUGAACCAAAAGAAGAUAGUAUUUGGUCUAAGGAUUGGUUUAAUUAUAAGAAAAUGUUGACCACAAAUGAACUAAUAUUACAAAAGUGUAAUCCAAGUAAAACAAUGGCCACGAAUGAUAGCAAACAAACGCCUGUUCUUCAAACCCGAAGUCCAAACAAGAAGACAAACGAAUUGCAAGAAUCAGUCACUUCUCGUAAACGUCUGAAAGUAAAUGAAAGUCAAUUCAUUAAUUGCCGACAAUUAAUGACAGAAUAUUCAUCUGAGGUUAAGGCGGAUAAAAGCCCUCCGAAACCCAUUUCAACACAAAGUAACUACACUUUGAAUAAAAUCCCAAACAAUUGUAUUCUCAUGAAGGCCGCCAUUCCGUUCGCCGUCUCGUCAUCGCUGGAGACGCACGAAGUGAAGGGCCGUAAAGUGAGGGGACGGGCCUAUGGCUGGGGUAUUGUCGAGACCGAGAAUCCCGAGCACUCGGACUUUGUUAUGUUGCGGUCAAUGCUCGUCACGCAUAUGCAAGACCUCCGCGAAGUGACUCAAGACGUUCACUACGAGAACUACCGCUCCCAACGACUGGUGGCCCGCAAUAUAUCUAAUUCAGACCUUCGCGAUAACAUCAGUAUCUCUUCUGACGACACCUCUAAAGACCGCAUUCUUCAGGAGAAAGAGGCGGAACUGAAGAGAAUGCAGGGAAUGAUUGAACGGAUGCAGAGGGAGAUGAUGGCGCAGCAACAACAGGCCGGAUGGGUUGUGGAUGGGAACCACCAACAGAAUAAUGGCGUCAAUAAUAGUGUUAACAAUCAAUGA